AUGGCUGCUGAAGUUCUGCCCAUCCCCCAGACCAAGCUGCCUGCUCGGCCCUCCUCUUUAACUCCAGAGCAGACGUAUUGGAGGUCUUUUAAGUCGCCGCUGAACAUUCCCUCCCCAACGAACAAUGCUAUAACUCACAUCUCUUACCCACAACCGACGUCGCCGGCCUCACAUUCCCCAGACUUUUUUGUCGUCACCACUGGCACUCGUGUGCAGCUUUACUCAGUCAAGACGCGAAAACUCCAAAAAACCAUCACUCGGUUCGACGACACUGCAUACGGCGCUGAAGCGCGAUACGAUGGACGAGUCCUCGCAGCUGGAGACGAGAGUGGCGCCAUCCAAGUGUUCGAUGUGAGCUCGAGGGCAAUUCUGAAAACCUGGAAGGAGCAGAAGCAGGCAGUGCGGUGCGUGAAAUGGAGUCCAAAGGAGAGUACGGCUCUCCUAAGCUGCGGAGACGACAGAACCGUCAGACUUUGGGAUUUACCAAGUGAAACCAGUAUCGAGACAUUCCGGGGCCAUCAUGACUACGUCCGCACAGGCGCUUUUAUUCCCGGUCAAUCGAGUAAUCUACUGGUCUCAGGCAGUUAUGACCAGACUGUCCGACUAUGGGAUCCACGCACUCCCACAGGGGCGGUCAUGACGUUUAAACACAUUGCAUCUGUCGAAGACGUUCUGUGUAUGCCAUCCGGAACGGCCAUCCUCGCUUCUGCCGAAAACCAGAUUGCUGUUCUGGAUAUCGUCGCCGGAAAGCCUCUACACAUGAUCAAGAACCAUCAAAAGACGGUCACCUCACUGUGUUUGGCAUCGAACGGGUCAAGGGUGGUCAGUGGCGCGCUGGAUGGACAUAUGAAAGUCCUCGAAACCUCCGGUUGGAAUGUCGUUGCAGGCUCCAAAUAUCCUGCACCAAUCCUUGCCCUCUCUGUCAUUGCUGCGGGAAACACCAGAGAAGAUAAACAUGUCGUUGUAGGCUUGUCGACUGGGCAGCUGAGCAUCAAAACACGUCUGUCGGGCGAACAAAAAGUCAAAGAGCGGGAGAGGCAAAAGCAGAUGGAGGCGCUUAUUGCAGGAAAGAUCGAAGAAUAUGACAAAAAGCGGGCCAAGAAACGUCCUAGAGGGCUCGAAAAUCGACUCAGAGGUCGGGAUUACGCGGGAGAAGAUGCCGACAUCGUCGUGGAGGGCAACGAAAGAGGCAAGCCGAAAAAGCUGGCGGGGUGGGAAAAAGAGUUGCACAAUGGCAGAUAUCGUGAGGCGCUUGACGACGCCAUCAAACACGUGGACAAGAUGACAGUGGUCACCCUCCUCAACACUCUUCGAUAUCGAUCCGCCCUACGGGCCGCACUCGAAGACCGAACCGAGGCCGAACUUCAACCAAUUCUGAAUUGGGCUUGGAGAAAUAUUACAAACUCGCAUUUUGUUUCGUUAUGCGUGGAAGUCUCGAUGAACAUCAUGGAGCUAUACUCGAAGCACCUCGCAGAAAGUGAAGGCCUGGCCCGACAGGUCCAGCGUCUUCGCGAACGGGUCCAAGAGGAAGUAGGCCGAGCACACCAGGCGGGAAUGACAAGAGGAAUGUUGGAGCUCUUGAACCCUGAAAUUGCCGCCUGA